GAGAGAUGAAAGAAGAGAGAUUGUAAACAGAGCGUUGCAAUGUUGGGAGCAGAGAGCACGAGAUCAACUAAUUGAAAGUGAGUUUGCUGCAAACUGACAGAUCUAACGAACAUAUCUAUGUAACAGUUAUUGUGUUCUGUCCCUACUGGAUUAUUGGCUGACUGUUUAUUGGACCAAUAACACCCAGCAUCAUCCCAGAGGCUAAGGUAGAACAAAGGAGAGCACAAAGAUCCAGGGCAGCCUGACAGUCGGUGUGUGUGCAUGUGUGUGUGUGCAUGUGUGUGUGUGCAUGUGUGUGUGUGCAUGUGUGUGUGAGAGGAUGUGGCCCAUAAUUCUGCUGUGUGUUCUGGCUGUAACUGCAGCUUCGCCAUCACAGUUCAGUCGUGACACAUCGUCUCAACCCCCCAGGGAUUUUACCCAGAACACAGAAUCCCACAACUUCCCCUUGGACCCCCUGGCCUCCAAUAACACCCUCCCGGCCCCCCCCCCUCUCUCCCACUUCCCGGCCACUCCCCCCGGCUCCAUACCCCCCCAUGUGCAACAAGCCCACAGAGAUCAAGCAUGCCUUUAAAUACAUCAACACCGUGGUGAGCUGUGGCAUCUUCAUCGUGGGGAUAAUCGGGAACUCCACCUUGCUGAGGAUCAUCUACAAGAACAAGUGCAUGAGGAACGGACCCAACAUCCUGAUUGGCUCUCUGGCCCUUGGGGAUCUACUCUAUAUCCUCAUAGCUAUCCCCAUCAAUGUCUUCAAGCUGAUAGCCGAGAGUUGGCCAUUUGGGGUUCAUGUGUGUAAGUUGAUGCCAUUCAUUCAGAAGGCUUCGGUGGGAAUCACUGUCCUCAGCCUCUGUGCCUUGAGCAUCGACAGGUACCAUGCUGUAACCUCGUGGAGCAGGGUGAAGGGGAUAGGUGUUCCUCUGUGGAAAGCGAUCCAGGUGACGUUGAUCUGGCUGGUGGCUGUCCUGUUGGCUGUGCCAGAGGCCCUGGCCUUCGACAUGCUGGAGAUGCCUUACAGAGGCAGUAAGCUACGAGUCUGUCUGCUGCAUCCUCAACAAAACAAUGUCUUUAUGAAGUUUUACCAGGAUGUGAAGGACUGGUGGCUCUUUGGGUUUUAUUUCUGUCUUCCUCUGGUCUGCACCGGGAUCUUCUAUACACUCAUGUCCUGUGAGAUGCUGAGCAGGAAGAAAGGCAUGAGGAUCGCUCUCAACGACCACAUGAAACAGCGUCGGGAAGUAGCUAAGACAGUGUUUUGCUUGGUUGUGGUCUUUGCUCUGUGCUGGUUUCCACUCCACCUCAGCCGCAUCCUGAAGAAAACGAUCUAUGAUCCAAAUGACCCCAACCGCUGUGAACUGCUGAGCUUCCUGCUGGUGAUGGAUUACAUUGGUAUCAACAUGGCAUCACUCAACUCCUGCAUCAACCCUGUCGCUCUUUACUUCGUCAGCCAGAAGUUUAAAAACUGCUUCAAGUCAUGUCUGUGUUGCUGGUGUACCAGGAGCAGAAAUGUGACUCCAGAGAGAGAUGGUGUUCGCUGGAAGGGAAGCUGUCAUGGAAACGGAUUGGACAGAACCAGCUCUCGCUCCAGUCAGAAAUACACAUCCACCUAAUCACAAACACCACCUGUCCCUUGUCCAGUUCAACUAAGCUACAGCCCCUCCCCCAGCCCUUCACACCUCUCCCAGCCCUUGGCCAAUCCCCCAGCCCUUCACCUCUCCCAGCCCUUGGCCUCUCCCCCAGCCCUUCACACCUCUCCCAGCCCUUGGCCACUCCCAGUUACCUCUUCUAUUUGGGACCAAUGGUUCAACCCUGCUGUGACAUCUCAGCGACAGCACUUCACUACCAGACACUGAAGAUGCUUUGAGACUUUACUACAGCACUGAAAAAUGUAAACACAGGGAAGCACGAACAGAAAGCAGCUGAACAAGAACAAGAAGGUCUAACCAAAAGCUAGUCUUAAUACUCACCAUGCAAACCUGUGGGAAGAAGCUAGCCUUAAUACUCACCAUGCAGACCUGUGGGAAGAAGCUAGCCUUAAUACUCACCAUGCAAACCUGUGGGAAGAAGCUAGCCUUAAUACUCACCAUGCAGACCUGUGGGAAGAAGCUAGCCUUAAUACUCACAAUGCAGACCUGUGGGAAGAAGCUAGCCUUAAUACUCACCAUGCAGACCUGUUGGAAGAAGCUAGUCUUAAUACUCACCAUGCAAACCUGUGGGAAGAAGCUAGUCUUAAUACUCACCAUGCAGACCUGUGGGAAGAAGCUAGUCUUAAUACUCACCAUGCAGACCUGUUGGAAGAAGCUAGUCUUAAUACUCACCAUGCAGACCUGUUGGAAGAUGCUAGUCUUAAUACUCACCAUGCAGACCUGUUGGAAGAAGCUAGUCUUAAUACUCACCAUGCAGACCUGUGGGAAGAAGCUAGUCUUAAUACUCACCAUGCAGACCUGUGGGAAGAAGCUAGCCUUAAUACUCACCAUGCAGACCUGUUGGAAGAAGCUAGUUUUAAUACUCACAAUGCAGACCUGUGGGAAGAAGCUAGCCUAAAUACUCACCAUGCAAACCUGUGGGAAGAAGCUAGCCUUAAUAUUCACCAUGGAGACUUUCCUGUGGGAUGUAGACCAGUGUUUCUCAACCCUGCUCCUGGACGCCUCCUGCCCAGCAUGUUUUAGAUCUCACCCUGCCCUAACAUA